AUGUCCGGUCACCUGGCGGCCACCGUGGCCUCCUGCCUGGCUUUCAUCGAUCUGGGCCACCUGCUGCUGGCCUAUUCGGCCUCUCUGGAUGCGGUGCUCAACUCCUUCAGCAAUGUCGCCACCUCGAGCCUGGCCGAGGAGCUGCUCGCCCGGUCGGUGGACCUGGUGGUGGAGUUGGCCCAGGUGGCCAGCGUUUUGAGCCUCAAUCUGCCGGCCAUUCGCCUGUGGCUGCGGUCGGCCGAGGCUGGCCGGAUUGCCCCGCCCCCACGGUGGACUCCCUUCGCGCGGUCGAUUUUCCGCGCGGUCCUCGGGGCCGGGCCCCUCUCGGAUCGGCCAUACUCGCGGCUGCUGACCCGGUGUUGCGCCGGCUCGUGUGACCGCGGGGCCGAGCUCCUGGCCGCCGAGGGUGGCCCUCCCUGCUGGCCAGGUCUGGGCCGACUGCUUCGUGCGGCGGCCGACACCGCCGGCCAGGUGGAUGACCUGCUUUAUCGGCUGGCCGGCCGGCCGGUCCGGGACCUGGGCCGGCCGGCUGAUGCCCUGCCGCUGGAGGACUUGCUGCUUGGCCUGUGCCCGGGGGUGUCGAAGCUCGCGCAGUCGGAGGAGCCCCCCAUGGUGAGCCCCUUCCUGGCGGCCGGCCUGGGGCUGGCCUUCCUGGGGAGUCUCCGUCAGCAGGAACUCCCUCGGUCUCAGGCGCCGGAUCGCCUGGCCGCCCCGCCGCCCGGUAGUCUUCUUCAUGGGCUGACGGCGGCUCUGCCCCUGGAGGCGCCAUCCGACCGGCCGAUAGCGCCGCCGGCCGUGUGGCGGUGCUUCCCGCUGGCCUUCCUCCAGUCGUCGAUGGUGCCGCUGCACUUGGCUGCGCCGCUUGGCUGCGGAGGGGACCCGGGCGGCCGAACGGUCGAAGUGACUGCCAGCAUGACGGCCAUUGCUCCCAGUCAGGCCACCGACCUGGGCCUGCUGGCCGCGUGCCAGGUGUCGCUGUUGGCUGAGCUCCGCGAGCGCCUGGCCCAGGCAUCGCAGCUGGUGGCGGAUCGCCUGCCGCAGGUGUGCUCCGGGCCCGAGGCCGGUCCCCUGGCCGAGGCCACAACGAAGAUCACCCUGCCCACUGGUCCGCCGGCGCGCCCGCCAAAGGCUGCCUCUGCGGUGGUCCUGGAAAACCGGCAGAUUCUCCAGGCAUUGUGCAGCAAUCCCACCGAUGCAGGAGCAUCCGCCUGCCCGUCCACCCCUGGCGGCCAAAUGUCACCACCUGCCGCACACCACUCCCUCGCCCAGUCAUCGGCCGCCCCAUCGAUUCCGGCCAAUGCACGGCUUAAUCUUCACGGCCGAACACUUGUCGUAGCCGACACCAAUAUUCUCCUCCAGUCGGCGCAGGCCGUCUGGCGAAUGCUGUCGCUCAAAUCCUUCAUCCUGCUGGUUCCCUCGCUGGUCCUCUCGGAGCUGGUGGACUAUGGCCAGGCAUCCGAUAGCCAGGCCCGACAGGUGUUCGGCGUUCUCUUCACAUUGAGCGAAUUUGCGGCCACCACCACGGCGGCCGAUCCGGCCGGCGGGGUGUUCAUCCUGUCGCCUGUGGGCCAGCUCUUUUACAUGCCCCCCUUGCCGAAGUCCCUGCGGGACAUUGGCCCGGCGGCAGCAGCCGAGGCGGCAGCCGCCGCCGGUGAGGCAGACAACCCGGCCAUGUCGACGGCCGCCCCUCUCGAUCUUCCGAAUGCCAGUGGCGACCGGCCACUUGCCGUGGAGCUGGCUCUCCAGCUGAAGGCCGUGUCCAAUUGGGUGUGGAAGAUUGCCCGCGGGGCGCCGUGGAUGCCGGUGAGUGCCGAUCAUCAGCCCGGCGGGCGGCUUUCCCACACGCGCCGGAGUCGUCGCCGGCCGCGGUCCAUGCCGGGCACUCGGUCUGGCAAUGGUGCCGGCGGCAGCACCCCGCCGCCUGCCGGUGACGACGACGACGACGACGCGGACAGCCCGCCGGAGGAGCACGACGGGGGUGAUGACCAUGGCGAGGAGGAGGAGGACACCUUGCGGCCUGGUCGCUCGACGGCCGACAGCCGGUCCCCCUCGCCCGUGCCGGUGCCUGUGCAGCAGCCAGCCCUGGCGGCCCCGCCGGUGCUGCAUAGCACCAAGAAGCUGCUGGUCCGACACCUGCACCACUUCCGCCGGUCGCCCUUCAGCACGACGAUCGAUUCCAACCAGCCGGUGGACACGAUCAUCACCGACUCGUUGGCCAGUCUGCUGGGCCGGUCGUGGAAUCUGCUUCCCCUGCUGCUGGAUCUCCCAUCUGCCGGGGCCGACCCCCAAGCAUCGGAGGGCGCCCCCGGUGCCGCCGCCGUCCAUGCUUCGCGGUCGUGCCCGGCUCUGCCGGAGGUGGCCCACACCCUGGGCCGUCUGGGGCUCUUUUCUCCGCCACAGUCAGGGAGCCCGGGCCGGGGGCCGCCCGCCCGGCGCUCUGGCCGGCGUCGCGGAGACGAUGCCUCCGCCCUGCAGCAGCAGCAGCAGCAGCCAUCGCCGUCGCCGCCACCGCAACAAAAGCCGCCGUCAUCAUCACUCGGCAAUGGCGGCGGCGGCGGCGGCGGCGGCGGCGGCGGCGCUGCACCGGAUGCCGGGCCGGCUGGAUGGCGGCAGAUUGACAUCGUGGCCAUCCUGCUGACGCACGACAAGGCCAUGAACCUGAAGGCCCGGACACGCUUCGCCGACGCGCGCCUGGCCACGCAGAUCACCAGCGUCGCGGGACUCAAGGUGUGGGUCAUGCAGCAGGGAGCCGAGCGAGCCUUCCUGGAUGCCCUGUCGCACCAUCCGGCGGCCGUAGGAGACGCCGCCACCAGGGGAGGCGGCGGCCAUUCUGGCAACGGCGCCUCCGCGGCCGCCGGUGACAAUCCUCUGCUGAUCUACCGCGGCCGGCACCGCGAGAGCCCCCAGACAUCGUAGCAGCUGCCUCACGGGCACGCCUCGCCCAGGCAGAUCUCCCUUCCUGCGGCAAGUAGGCACAACAACAACAACAACAUCCCCCCCCCCCAAUAGACUUUUGCGCACCGUCCCCAAA